UAUCGAUCAGUUGGAAUGAAGGAAGUGACGUUUCAAUCCUCGUCUUCAAAACGUCCAAUCAGAGCGACCGCAGAAAGACAGCGAGCCGCAGUUUGGAAGUGUGUCAGAGGUGCAGUGAUGGCUGAGGGGCUCCUGAUGAAGGUGGAGGCGUCGCUCCACUCCCAGUCGGCCUAUCAGAGUGAGCCGCUGAGCAGAGGGGCGGGGCUUCAGAGGAGCGCGUACUGUAAAGAGCAGCUGAGGAGAGGAGCCGAGGAGUUCUGCUUCGAGGAGCUGAGAGCUGAAAGACUCAACCGGCACCGACAGCAGGAGCUGGACGAGAAACUGAGACGUGUGACGGAGCUGAAGGAGCAGUUGGGUCGGGAGCUGGAGGAGCAGUUGGGUCGGGAGCUGGAGGAGCAGUUGGGUCGGGAGCUGGAGGAGCAGUUGGGUCGGGAGCUGGAGGAGCAGUUGGGUCGGGAGCUGGAGGAGCAGUUGGGUCGGGAGCUGGAGGAGCAGUUGGGUCGGGAGCUGGAGGAGCAGAAACAUUUACUACGUCUGACUCAACAGGUUCCUGAAGGCUCCUCCUCUCAGAUCAGUGACUCUGAUCAAACUGCGUCCUCCUUCCAGAUAUACAACGAGACCCAGACUGCUGCUGCACGGCCUGCUGGAAACGAGCUGACGGACGACGUUUUCCUCCGACCGGAUGAGAGAGGACCCUGCCUGAGGAUCCAGUACCCACGACAAGACCAUCAGGGAGGGACGACCCAAGACCUCCAGGCUCAGGAGGAGUCCCGCCCCCCCGUUGUCUCUCAGAAACCAGUGACAAAAACCAGACAGAAGCUGAGUACGAUACAGGAGACCAGUGUGGACGGCAACUCUCGGCUCUCACUGAGAGACUGCAGUCCACUGUGGGAGGACCAGGCUCCAUCAUCUGAUGGGGGCGCUGUGGAUCCAUGUGACCCAGAUGUGCGGCGGCGGCUGCUUUGUGAUGUCACUUCCUCUCCGGACUUCCACUCCGAGCCCCACCCCCUCCCUCCAGUGGAGGAGCACAGCUGUCUGCAGCUGGGGGGCGAUGUGUACCUCCUGUACGACAGAGCUGUGGAUGGAGGAGGUUUCUGCGUCUAUAAAGGAGCUCUGGAGGACGACUACGUGCUCCUCAAGGUGGACAGCUGCUCUGUCCCCUGGGAUUUCCAUCAGUUCCAGCGUCUGAAGAACUCGUCCCUCACCGCCAGUCUUCCUCACGUCAGCUGUUUCCAGUUCCUGGACGGUUGCAUCACUGUCUACACCACCCCGACUGAUCACAUGUUCACUGAGCUGACGGAGUGUGUUCCCUGCGAGGCGUCAGUCGGUCGAAGAGCUAUCGGUCUGUUACAGCUGGUGUCACAGCUGCACUCCUGCAGGCUGCUGCAUGCAGCGCUGCAGCCAAACAUUCUCACCUGUUCCCACAGAGGUUUACUGAGUCCUCAUUGGGUCUUCCCGGUGGACUGGUCCUCCUCAGUGGACCUGGACCUUCAGCAGGAUGUUACAUCAGUCCAACAGGUCCUAUCAGCUCAGAACUACAUCAGUCUGGGUCUCCUGGAUCCGAACGCGCCGCCACAGCUGGUGGACCUGGUGGGCGUGGCUGAAACGGUCCACCACCUCCUGACCAACCGCAGGAUGGUCGCAGUGAAAGAUGAGAACGGUUGGACGCCAGAGCAGUUCAGUGGAGACGAACCCUGGUGUGGACUGUACACUACUGCUGUAUUCUGCACAUUUACCUGCUGUAAUCUGCACAUUUACCUGCUGUAUUCUGCACAUUUACCUGCUGUAAUCUGCACAUUUACCUGCUGUAAUCUGCACAUUUACCUGCUGUAUUCUGCACAUUUACCUGCUGUAUUCUGCACAUUUACCUGCUGUAUUCUGCACAUUUACCUGCUGUAUUCUGCACAUUUACCUGCUGUAAUCUGCACAUUUACCUGCUGUAAUCUGCACAUUUACCUGCUGUAUUCUGCACAUUUACCUGCUGUAAUCUGCACAUUUACCGCCUUUAUUUCACAUAUUCUACUGGCUUUAAGUCCCUGUCAGUUCUAACUUUUCUCUCUGCAGUGACAUAUAUUCCAGGAUGUGGAGGAGGGUUUUCAGGUCUUUGCUGAACGCCAGCGGUCGCUCGUCAUCGUCCGUCCUGUUGGAGCUGAAGGAGCAGCUGUCGACACUUUACCACUGAAAUAUCCUCAGAUUGUUCUUUGUCCUCGUCUAUGUGUUUUUACCUCACUACAUAAAUAAAAUGGCUUUUACGGGA